GCAAUUCAUAUACCUAACUUUAACCACUGCAAAGUGCAAACCUUGCUUAUUCUUCUUCGAUUUCGCAAUUCGCAGUUUUAAAAGAGCGACUGAAUAAUUGGUUGCCCGGGUGGCGGACUGAAGGUGAAGGUUGUGGCGUCGGCGGAACAGCGGUGGAGUGACGAAGAUCGAACGGCUAGCUGAGGACUGAGAGAGCACUGCUGCUUAGACUUUGGAUUUGAUUGAUUCCUAAAUUGUUUUGACAUUACACAUCUUAUGUUGAGAAGUCGAAAGCUGGAGAAGAACCCUUAGCUUGGACUUUGUAGAUCAUCUUUCGGAGAUAUUGGGGGACAUACUACAAGCUGCAGGAAUUGAAGUUCAGCACAAUGCUUGAGAAGGGAUUGUUGAAGAGUGAAGAACUAUACAAGUAUAUAUUGGAGACUAGCGUGUAUCCACGCGAAGCUGAGCCCCUCAAAGAAUUAAGAGCCAUCACUGCUAAUCAUCCAAAUUGUCUGAUGGCAACUGCACCAGAUGCAGGUCAAUUGAUACGUAUGGUGUUGAGUCUCCUUAAUGCCAAAAGGACGAUUGAAAUUGGAGUGUUUACUGGAUACUCAUUGCUCCUCACAGCUCUCACCAUUCCUGAUGAUGGCAAGAUUAUAGCCAUAGACCAAGACCGAGAAGCAUACGAAUAUGGGUUGCCAGUUAUAAAAAGAGCUGGAGUUGAGCACAAAAUCACUUUUGUGGAGUCUGAUGCUUUGAUGGCUCUUGAUCACCUCCUGGAAGAUAAUGGUAACAAAAACAGUCUUGACUUUGCUUAUGUUGAUGCGGACAAAAAGAGUUACAAAAAGUAUCAUGAAAAACUAUUGCAGUUGAUUAAGGUUGGUGGGAUCAUAGUGUACGAUAACACCUUGUGGGGAGGAACGGUUGUAAUGCCGGAGGAGUCUGUUAUCGACCGGAUGAAACCAGGCCGGCAAUAUACAAUUGAGUUUAAUGCAUUUUUGGCUUUGGAUGAUCAAGUGCACAUCUCUCACGUCCCUGUAGGUGAUGGGAUUACUAUUUGUAAGCGUCUCAAAUGAGUGAUGAAUAGAUUUUUCGCGAUUGGGAGCAAAACAGUCAUUUCAAAAUCAAACGGUCGUCGCUACAAGAAGAAGGUAGGAGAUGGAAGAGUUUGAAAUGAUUGCUUUGUCCUCGUGAAUAAACAAUUUAAAAACA